AUGGUGAAAUCUGGCAAGUUUUUCAUCGACUGCGAAAGUCCAACUGGCGUUACACCUAUGGGAAUAGUCGCAGUGAGAUUAUAUGUGUAUCGGCCCCAGGAUGUGGAUUCAAGAUCUGUUAGGGAAUAUGAAAGGAAAAUAAUAUUCCUUCUGCAGAAUGGUGCCAAUCCGUUGAAGAAAUGGUGCGGAGGAACUAUAGCCGACCUGAUAUUUCAAGGAGGAAACCAAUCAAUGAUACACUUGAUGUUCAAGUAUUUCGAAGACGUGGACACACCUCUGAAUUCUUUCGGGCACACAGCGCUCAUUUCGGCUAUCCGAAGAGGAUACUACAAAACUGCCGAGAUUUUGUUGGGCAUGAGAGCCGACGUCAACAAGGGAUGCUUUGUUAAGGAGACACCUCUCCACCAUGCAGCUUCUUCUGGCAGAGCAGAUCUUUUCCAUCUACUGAUAAAACAUGGGGCAAGCAUGGAGUUGAGGAGCGAUUUGGGAGAAACUCCUCUUCAUUCAGCUUGUUACCAUGCGGAAGAUGAGGAGAUAAUAAAGAUGUAUAUAGAGUGUGAUCGGAAUUUGAAUGCAACGGAUAAUGAAGGUUGCACACCGCUGCAUAAACUCUUCAUUAAAUUCUCCGAAACAUCGGCUGUGUCAGAAGGAUUGGUGGAGGUGUUUCUGGACAGAGGAGCCGAUCUGAAUGUCAAGGACUGCCGAGGAUUGUCCCCACUCUCUUGGUGUAUCAAGAAGAAAAAUGCACCUGUAGCUUUGCUAUUUCUCCGGAACGGUGCCAACUUAGAUAUUACAGAACAAGAAGCGGUGCCUGUUCUGAAAUAUCUGAGGAGGAUUUUGUUAGAGAACACCCCGCUUGGACAGACCGUGCUCAAAUAUAUAGCUCUGGAGAUCUCGAAGGGCACCAGAAUCAACAGAGCUCUGGAGGAAUAUUUGAGCCAGCGGGAAGGGUUAACUGAAUAUCUGGCAAAAUGUUACCGGGAAAUAGAGAAGCUCAGGAAAAGAAAAAUUAGGAACACCAGCGUCAAUUAUUGGAGGCUUCUAACGAAAUCUGUAGCAGAGUUAGCGAGGUACGCUAAUAACCCUUCAAUAAUUGGCGCAAUGAGAAAAUACCGAGUGGGGACUUAUCCAAUUUACGGUCGAGAGAUCGCCUAUAAGUUUGCCAAGGCAAAAAGGCGACAAAAACUUAUGGCAGUUUCAUCGGAUAUGUUGAACCGAUAUUGGGAGGGAAAAAUGCCGUCACCUUUUGUGAAAAUGGUAACGGAUCAUCUCUCUAUAAUCGACAUGGAAAAUGUUAAGACUGCCGAACAACAUACUAAUUGA